AUGCUCUUCCGCGAGACUGGGACCCGGAGCGCCCACCGCAUGAACACCGCGGGGCUCAAGGCUAACCAUCUGUCGCAGAAUCCUCUGUCCGAUCUUCUUCAGUCCCGCUGCUCCAUCUUGCACGUUGAGCACCGCCACCCACCGGCGCCUUUGCAGCCGGUCACCAUGGCUCACAGGGUAGCCGCCGCGAGGGCUGCCGCCGACAUGGAAGCAUUAUCCCCGAGGGAUGUGAACGCCCAGCGGAUUCCCAGUCACAAGAUUUCCGACCUCAAGACGAAGACGGUGGCGCAGUUGAGGGCAGUCAAGGACAAGGAGCAUCCGCCGCCUCCCCCCCCUGAGGUCACAGAGCCCUGCAGCGUCGACCAGCCGGACGGUGCCGUCUAUCAAGUCGGCAAGCUGCUCGGCAAGGGAGGUUUCGCCAUCUGCUACAGCGCCCAGCUCGCUCGGACGAAGAAGAAGUACGCGCUCAAGAUUGUCAAGAGCCGUAUGCCGCCGAAGAUGGAACAAAAGUUCCAAACUGAACUUCAAAUACAUUCCAAGAUGCGACAUAAGAAUGUCGUUCACUUUCUGAGGGCCUUCUCUUUCGACAGCUGCACCUAUCUCGUCCUCGAGCUUUGCAACAACGGUUCUCUCAUGGACAUGGUGAAGCGGCGAAAAGGUCUCACCGAGCCCGAAGUUCGCUUCUAUUCCGUCCAAAUUGCCGGCGCCAUCAAGUACAUGCAUGGCAAGGGCAUCAUCCACCGCGACCUGAAGAUGGGAAACAUCUUCUUGGAUGGUCAGAUGAACGCAAAGAUUGGCGACUUCGGCCUCGCCGCCUUGUUGGUCACUGGUAGGGACAUGCAGACCAUCCGUCGAACAACUCUGUGCGGCACCCCCAACUACAUCGCACCCGAAAUCCUCGAAAAAGGCAGAAAGGGGCAUGAUCAUAUGGUCGACAUAUGGAGCCUGGGCAUCAUCAUGUUCGCCAUGCUGACGUCGAAACCGCCGUUUCAGUCUUCGACGACGGACGAAAUCUACCGUCGUGCGAGGGAGAGAGACUACGAAUGGCCGACCGCGGAGGCGUCUCAGAAGUUCAUCAGCGAAGAAGCCAAGGACGUCGUCGCCACCAUGCUGCAGGAGGCAGACAGGCGACCAGACCCAGACGUCAUCGUCCAGCAUCCCUUCUUCAUCUCGGGAUACAUGCCGACGGAGGCCGAUAUGAGUGCGCGAUUGCGCGAGGUGCCUCCCGAACGUCAGGAGUUCUAUGCCACCCGCAUGAGCAGCUCGGUGCAAUCCCAGUCGUACCGCAAUCUCAAGGAAAUGUGUCGCGAGUGCUGCGUCGGUCCUUGGAGCCCCGUUCAGGUCAUCCACACUCAAAUUUGGAAGGAGAUGGCGGCCGAGGAGAAGGCUGGCCUGACGCCGGUCAUUCCUCUGGCUGAUAACCUCGUCUACAGACCAUUUAGCGACUACGUCAGCGAACAGCAGCAGCUCCGGAAGAAGCAUGCAUCCUCCAUCUCCUCGUACUCGGCGCAGCCGACGUCGACGUCGACGUCGGAGGAAAGGCCAGCAAGCAGUACCCAGAUAGCUCCGGCCGCUCAGAAACCUCUCGCAGGUCUGUUGAGACAGCCUCCGCAAAGCUUUGCCGCUCAACAACGGGCGCAGAACAAACCCGCUGCAUCUGCUACUUCCGUUCUCAGAACCAAGCUUCCAGCUGAAGCGAUGCCGUCCACCUCCCAGACGACGCGAACGCGCCCUCGCCAGGAUCCAGUCCCGGAGAAGGCACCCAGAGACGAUGCUCCCGAGAGCUCCAGCAAGACGACGCGAUCCUCGGUGAUGCGGACCAACCUGCCGUCGGCUCGAUCGGCGCCAAGUCUGCAAGUCGUCGAACGAGCGGCGAACAUGGCCGCGGACGCUUCGCAUCCCGUCCCGGUCUCCAGGAAACGGCACAGUUCAGGGUCAAUCCGCUCCGCAACGCUCUUCAGUCCGCUCGAGCAGGCGGAGGACGUGUCGGGAUCGCAUCCUGACUUGAUUCUGAAUCGCCUGAAGCGCCUCCAAGCAGAGCUGGAACGGGCACUCAACUCUCGGACCAUGGCGAUCAUAUCUUCCAAGACGGUGACGCCGCCGCACCCGUACGUUGUUGUGAAAUGGGUUGACUACACCAACAAGUUUGGGCUCGGCUACAUUCUCAACGACGGAAGCGUCGGCUGCAUCCUGCGCGACAUCCCCACUACCGAUGGCAACAAAUCGGCCGUCCUCCCUCCGGCCGGCGUCUUCAUCCGAGCUGCCGAGGAGCACAUCCUCCGUCGGCAAGAUGAAUCAUACUCGGACAGGAAUCAACCGAUCCCCAUGAUGCAGUCCAUCAAGUUCUUCGAGAACAACGGCGAGAGGGGCCUCGCUGAAGUCUCCGUCUCGCCUGAGCAGUUCCGAGUAGCCGUGGGUGAGGACGGUACGGCGGGAAAGAUGAGCCCUGGGAAGGACAUAUACCAGCAUCGCAAGCGAGAGAGGAUUAUCUUGUGGAAGAAGUUUGCCAACUACAUGAUUGCCUACGGGAGAGACGAGACGGCGCCGGCGGGGGGGGCCACCGGCGGCUCAGGAGUCAUGUCGCCCGGCCAAAGGGACACGCAGGCAGAGCUGGUGACCUUUUAUCAGCGAUUUGGCGAUGUCGGCUGUUGGUCAUUCUGCGACGGCCAUCUUCAGUUCAACUUCCCCGACCACACCAAGAUCGUCCUCGACCCGACUGGUACUUGGUGUCACUUCUGGCAUCUGCCGCAAGAGGCGGCCGAGAGUCUCGCCGCGACGGGCACCAUCGGAGCCGCGGCGUUGGACGACCGCGCGACGCUCUCCUACCCCCUGCAGACGCUGCUCAACUUCCAGGCCAAGCCAUCGGCAUCUCGAUCUGCGCGCUCGACUACCUCCCGAAGGAGGCCGGAGAUCGAUCCGGAGAUGCAGGGCAUCCCUGCAGCAAACGACUUUCGCCAUAAGAUCGAAUUCAUCAAGGAUGUCGUCAAGGAGUGGGUGGCGAAUGGCGGCCUGGGCAACAGCUCCAUGAGUCGAGAGUCGCGACUUCGUUGGACCGGUUUCCGAGAGACCGUCCAUGCGACGAUUCCGCAGAAGCACGUCUGGGUCACCAUCGGCGCGCGAUGGGGGGACCAACGGCUCUCGACCUUUGUGGAUCCGCGCAAACCGUGGGAGCUGGGCGAGGACGUUGACAGCAGCGCCAAGCGGUGA